GUCUGCACACCAGGACACAACAUGAAAGCCUUCUGUGGUGCUAUUUAUUGUAGCAACAGGCCUGGGCAACAGUUUGAUGCCAUGGUGAUCAUGAAUAACCAAACUCCCAAUGAUGAGAUGAGGGCAUUUCUACUGCUUGGACUUGCAACAGGGAAAAGCAGAUGGUCCCCAUUUCAUCAUGGGCUGCACUACAUCUAACAGGGUUGCUGCAGCACAGCUGUCUUCUGAGGAGCUACAGAACAACUAUGAAGCCAAAAGCCAGACUACAAGUGACAGUGCUGACAGAACACAGGCCGCCACCACACAGGAGGGGGCAGCUUGGACAGGGGGCACUUCAGAGAAUGGAAGCAAACUUGAAGUUGAAGCCAGCGAGGGAGGCUUUCCUGAGAAAUCAACAGAAAGAUUUACACCUUCUGAAAAAAGAAGCAACGCACAAAGAACAGAUGCACUGCUCACCAGUGGGUUCAUCAGCAAAUCAUGGCCCUUAGAAGAAACAGAGAGACAAAAAUCAUCAGACAUUCUUGAGGAGCUGAGGAUGCAGGGAAUAAUCAGGAGCCAAAGUACUACCGCCAGGACUGGAGAAGCACAUGAAAACAAGGUUAGGGAAAAGGAACUAAACAGGAAACCACAACACACUGCAUUUUAUCCAGCAACGGCCCAUCAAACUACAGGUAAACAGACUGAAAAGGACUGCCCAAGUUUUCAAAGUCAAGAAAGCACAGAUGCCCCUCAGUCAUCACCUUUACAUGGUGAGAUAAGUGUACUGCUGCAGGAAAUAACUGCAGAAGAAACCACAAAUUAUUACACUGAGGACUUUACCAUUGAGUCUGAUAUAACUUACAACUGUAUCAAUGAAACAAUCUGGAUCUAAGCCAUCCUGCAAAGAA